CUAAAUUUUGUGAGUAAAGUUAAGAGGAAAUUUUUUGGAAAAGAAGAUAUGGAAAUGUUAAGAAAAGCACAACAAACAAGUCCAAAUAAAGAGAAAAUUAAUAGAAAUUCUUCAAAUUCUGACAAUUCUUCUAAUCAACAACAAAUAUUAAUUCCAAUAGAAAAAAUUUCUUUAUGUAAAGAAAUUGGGAAUGGUGAAUUUGGAGAAGUCUAUCAAGCUAUAUGGCACAGAGAUGAGGAGGAGUCUAUCCAAAAUGUUAUUCAAAUGUUUGGUGUUGUACUUGAUAUAAAGGCUAUAAUGAUUGUAUCUGAAUUGGCGUCUUGUGGUUCUUUACUGGAAUGUCUUAAAUCUAAAGCUUGGCUUCCUUCACUUUCUGUUGAUGUUUUGUGUGAUUUUGCUCUUCAAAUUUCAAAUGGAAUGAAAUAUUUAAGUUCGCAACGUUUAAUUCAUAGAGAUUUGGCUGCAAGAAAUAUUCUUGUUCAUUCACCUUCUAAGGUAAAAAUUUCUGAUUUUGGUUUAAGUCGUUCUUUGGGUUAUGGUGAAGAGUAUUACCGUUCUGAAUUUAAUCUUUCCAUGAAAUUACCGAUUGCUUGGUGUGCACCUGAAUGUAUUAAUUUCCUUCGUUUUACGUCAGCUUCAGAUGUCUGGGCGUAUGGAGUUUUUCUUUGGGAAGUUUUUACUUAUGGACAAACACCUUGGGAAGGAAUAAGUGGAUCACAGAUACUUUAUGCAGUAGAUACUCAGCGAUUAAAAUUAGAAAAGCCAAAGUUUUGUCCUUCAGGAAUUUAUAAUUUAAUGUUAAAAUGUUGGGAAUGGUCUGCUGAGAAAAGGCCAACAUUUGAGAAUAUUUGUAAUGAAUUACCAACUUUAAUGCCUCCAUUAUUGGUUACUGUGACAGAUUGUAGGCAUAAAUCUUUGAAGGAAAAUAUCAAUUAUUUAAAUUAUGAAAAGGGAGAAACAAUUAUUUUAUUAGAUAAAAGCACUUCUCUUCCAGGCUUUUGGCUUGGAGUUUCAAAAACAGGCAAUGUUGGUAUUUUCCUUCCCGAACAUACAAUUGCAUUUUUGGGUGCACAAAAUCCAAAUAGUAAUUAUUCAGAUAAUAUUAUUACGUCUCCAGAAUUUGAAAGAAAAAGUUUACAUUCUGUAAUUGAAAUAGAAGAGAAUAAAAAAGAUAAAAAUAAAAAAGAGAAGAAAAAGAAAAAUGAAAAAGAAAAUUUUAAAAUGAUGAUUAGUGAACCAAAAGGAGAUUUGAGACAUACUUGCCAUAUAAACAAGACAGAACUGUCAAUAUCUUCAACAAUUUCUCCAAGUCUUCGUUCAAUUUCACCAAUAAGUACUUCAAGUACUUUCUCUUUAGCACCUCCAAGACCUCCAAAAAAUCCAAAUAUUCAUUUUGAAAUGUCAAAAAGUAUUUUAAGUAAUAAAUCAAUUGAAGAAUUAAAUCAACAACCACCAGAAUUACCUCCAAAACCGCCGAGAUUUAGAGAAAAAUUUUGUAAAGAAAAUAAUACAAGAGAAUAUUUAAUGCCAAAAAUUGUUUCUGAUAAUUCUCCAACAUUAAAUUAUAAAAAUAAUUUAAAUAAUUUUCCUUUAAAUGAAAAUGAAAAACAGCAAGAAUAUUUAAUUGUUUCUAAUAAUAAAAAUGAAAAAGAAGAAGAAGAAAAUGAAUUUGAAGAAUAUUUACGUCCACCAAGUAUUUGUAUUGAACAAAUUAAUAAAAAUAAUAAUUUACAAAAAAUAAUAAAAGAAGGAAAAUCUAAUGAAAAUAUUGAUUUAGAAGAUGUUGAUAAUUGUUCUCAUUCAACAACGUUGUGGGAUUGUUCAGAAACUAAAGAAUUAUUGAGUGAAGAGAAAAAUAAUAAUAGGUACUUUUCGGGUUUGAAACCUGCACAUAAAUUAUGCUAA